GUGCUUGAUUCAUUCAUCAGCAGUGAGUGAGAGGAACAUCCCCGCGUGCAGCUGACCGUUGUGCUGUGUGGAGAUGAUCCUGAGCAGAAAUGCAUUAGAGUGAGCGACACUGUUUACUCUCAGCUCAUCAGCUUGCAGUUGCUCGGCACUGUUUUUGUGCUUUGAGUGCUUUCUGGUGUCAGGCGUUACACCGCUCAGCGACCGUGCAUGAUUUAUUCUUAACCUUUGUUUAAAAAAAAACAAAAAGAAAAAAGCAAGGCAGACGCCUGAAAGAUGGGGUGCACAGCGAGCACUGGCGAUAAAGCAGCUCAUGACAGAAGUAGGAUGAUCGACAAGAAUUUACGGGACGAAGGAGAAAGAGCUGCACGAGAGGUCAAGCUGCUGCUUCUCGGUGCUGGUGAGUCCGGGAAGAGUACAAUUGUCAAACAAAUGAAAAUCAUCCACCAGUCUGGUUACUCAGAAGAGGAGUGCCAUCAGUUGAGGGCCGUGGUGUACAGCAACACCACUCAGUCCUUGAUGAUCAUCAUCAGGGCCAUGGAGCGGCUGGAGAUUGAGUUUGCUGAUGCUGCUCGUGCUGACGAUGCAAGGCAGUUGUUUGCACUGGCGAGCACAGCUGAUGAGGGCGACAUGAGCGCAGAGCUCGCUGGCAUCCUCAAGCGCCUGUGGGGAGAUGGAGGUGUACAGAUAUGCUUCGGUCGCUCCAGGGAGUACCACCUCAAUGACUCUGCUUCAUACUACCUGAAUGAUCUAGACAGGAUAUCGGUCCCUAAUUACGUCCCCACUCAACAGGAUGUCCUCAGGACCAGAGUGAAGACCACUGGUAUUGUUGAGACCCACUUCACGUUCAAGGAUCUUCACUUCAAGAUGUUUGACGUGGGUGGCCAGAGAUCUGAGAGAAAGAAGUGGAUUCACUGCUUCGAGGGUGUGACUGCCAUCAUUUUCUGUGCUUCUAUGAGUGACUACGAUCUGGUUCUGGCUGAGGAUGAGGAAAUGAACCGUAUGCAUGAGAGCAUGAAGCUGUUUGACAGCAUCUGCAACAAUAAGUGGUUUGAGGAGACGUCCAUCAUCCUCUUCCUCAAUAAGAAGGAUCUGUUUGAGGAGAAAGUCAAGAAAAGCUCUCUGACCAUUUGCUUCCCAGAGUACACUGGCGCGAACACGUAUGACGAAGCGGCUGGCUAUAUCCAGAAUAAGUUUGAGGACCUGAACCAGAAGAAGGAAACGAAGGAAAUCUACACCCACUUCACUUGCGCAACAGACACUAAGAACGUGCAGUUUGUCUUUGAUGCCGUCACAGAUGUCAUCAUCAAGAACAACCUGAAGGACUGUGGGCUUUUCUAAGUCCAGCUGUUACAUCAGGCGACGAAAAUAGACAGAAAGUAGCUGGGAGAAGUACGGCUGCACCGAUGUCAACCACGAACACCACAUAUCCGUUAUGUAAACAUUUUAUUUAUCUUCUCUAAACAUUUUUUAUUGUUUCAGGGAAAAAAAUCUUUAUGUAAAAUAUUUGUACAACUGUAAUUGUUGCUGGAACUGUUUUUAAAAAAAUUAUUUAUAGUUGCUUUCUGAAGGGUUUUUUUUUUUUUUCACACUGAAGGUUUUUGGGAACAUCUUUUAUUCUCUGCUCUUAAUUUUGUCAUCUAAGCUGCUCAAACGUAGAUGUAGGCAUUAACAUAUAAUCAUGUAACAUUAGUAUCACUCUUUUCCGGGGAUGACUCUGAUGAUGACAGAGAGCGUAUAUAUGAUUAGUUGACAAAACAGUCCCGUGGUGUACGUGUAAAACCUGCCUGAAUAAUAAGAUUAGUAUAGAGAAACUCUUCUGUGUGCAAACAUAAUAGAUGGACGGGAUUUCCCAGAACAACAUCUGACUACACAGAAUUUGCAUCCAUUAUGUCCGAUUAGUCUGUAGUUUGACUAUGAAGAUGCCCCGAGUGACAAUAGGGGGACUGAAAAGACUGUUGAAGAGAAAAUGAGGAAUGGUUUCAAGAAGAACUGUGAUAACUUUGAAAACAUGGAGGCAUUGUGUAUGAAGAUGAAGAUGUGGAGAUUUUGCACACAGGGAGCCUUUUCAAAGGGACCAAAGCAUUCUGACCUUGUUAAAUCAUUUCUAUAACAAAUAAGUACCGCUGCACUUCUCAUCCAAGUGCAUUGCACACUAUUCUACUGCCUUUUAUUAUUAUUUGCUAGAAAAUAUGAGUGAAGAAUGUGAUAUAGUAGACAUUUUCUUCUAGUUAUUUAUGACAAAUUUUAUUAGUUUUAUGCACCUCACUUUAUGUCCCUCACUGUCUCUGUUCUCAUUGGUGGGGAAUAACUGACCAAUAUCCACUAUUUUGCUAAUAAAAUGUGCUGUGAUUAACUCAUGGCAUUUCGAAAUAGA